CUCACGUUGCUGAAAGAAAAAAAAAAAAACAGGCAAAAGAAAAUCCACAUCUGGAAUCCAGAGCCCGCGGUUUAGGGGAAUAUACUAGGAUCUCGUAGUAAAGGUGGCUCGGUGUUUUUCUCCCGCUUCCUCUUUCUAAAGAUUCUUCACUUCACCUAACACAAGUUAACGCAACCAUGCUGGUCGUUCUGGUCGGAACAGUCAUUUUGCACCUCCUGGAUCUGAUUCUGCUGAUCAUUUCUACAUCUGUGAAUGAAUGGAGGAAAGAUGGAGAGAGGAGUUUGGAUCUCUGGUAUGAUUGCAGGACAAAAAAUGGUGGAAAUUCAUGCAUAAAUUCAAUAAAUACAGAAUGGAUACAGGCAGUACAGGCACUGAUGAUCUUAGCCACAAUCUUCUGCCUGCUGUCUUUAAUCUUAUUCAUCUGGCAACUCUUCACCCUGAACAAGGGAGGACGAUUUUUCUUCACUGCUAUCUUUCAGAUCUUCUCUUGCCUAUUUGUUAUGAGUGGAGCUAUAAUCUACACAGUAAUGACCUCAGGUGAAGAGUCUCGUACACACUCGUAUGGCUUUGCCUUCGUGCUAGCAUGGCUGGCGUUCCCUCUUACUCUGAUAAGUGGCCUUAUUUACAUCAUUCUGAGGAAGAAGGAAUAAAGGAUCAGAGGAGAGAUUCCCACCGUCAUCACUGAGGAUGAUACUCAGUCCACAGACCCAAGUGUCCUUAUCCGACUGGUCUGCAUAACAAUGUAUAAUGUGUGAUCAUGCAAACGUGACAAAUCGUGACAAUCCAACUCUAUGACGACUCAACGAGGAUGAGUCUGUUUCUUGUGAUACUAUUUAUAUCACUUUUACAUAAUGUUUGUACAUAUGAAUGUUGAAACCUUGUUCAUGAAGGGCCAUAUUUUGAAGCUGACCACGAAGACAGUAUAAAGAUUAUUUUUAACCUUAUGUGUUUUACUGCAUAUCUUGUAUCUAAUAGAUUUACAUUCUUAAUGUUGCAUUUUUUCAUUUUCACAAUGAUUGUAUGAGAAAAAUUUUGCUUAUUUUUGUGAUAAACCAAUAAAAAAAAUUGUUCUGUUCAUGGUUUUAAAAUCAAAUGGUGCUAUGUCUGUUUGCCUUUAAUUAAUAGCUAGGUAGACCUAUAAGCUCAAAGUGUGUUUAUUUGAGCAAAAUUAUUUUACAUGGUGUAUUGUAUGUGUGCCAAAAUAUCCAUUUAAAAGCUAGUUUUUAUUUUUGUUGUUUGCUCUUUUAAUAAGAUUUUUAAAAUAAAUAUAUAAAUAAACAAGA